GCCAGUUGUCUUGGUUCCCUUGUGUGUUUUUCCUCAAACCUAUCUCCUCUGCUCUUCUAGGCUUCCUUCUUGGAAUAGCAGAGCAGAGGCAGAGGGCAAGCACAGUACGCCCAUACCAGCCAUGCCUACCCUCCCUUUGUUCCUCGGCCUCCUCCUUUUCUCCCUGCACACAAUUAUUCCUCCCAGCACCGCCGCAAAAGAUGACACUCUCGCGCCAGGCCAGGUGCUCACCGCCGGCGAAAAGCUCGUCUCCAGCAACGGCAAGUUCGCGCUCGGCUUCUUCCAGCCCGACGCCGGCAACAACAGUAAGUCGUCCACCUCUCCCGGCUGGUACCUCGCCGUAUGGUUCAACAAGAUCCCUCUCCUCACUCCCGUCUGGGUCGCCAACCGGGAGAUGCCGAUCGCCGACCCCGACCUUAGAGCAACAAAGCUCCAAAUCUCCGGCGAUGGCAACCUUGCUGUCGUCUCCAACCACUCAACCCAACCCUUCAUCUGGUCCACCCACAUCACCAAUAACAACAGAACCAGCAACGCAACCACCAUUGCCAUCCUCUUGGCCACUGGAAACCUCGUCGUCCAAGACCCGUCGUCCAGUGCCGUGCUGUGGCAGAGCUUCGACGACCCGACCGACGUCGCACUCCCCGGCGCGAAGAUCGGUUGGAACAAGGUCACCGGCCUGAACCGCGUCGGCAUCUCGUGGAAGAGCCGGACCGACCCGGGGCUCGGCUCCUUCAGCGUGGGGCUGGAGACCAACGGCACCAGGAGGGUGAUGGUCAGCCGUCGGGUCUACCCCUCCAAGGUGUACUGGUCGUGGUCGCCAGACAACUCGCCGAUGCAGAUCCCGGCGCUGAAGGCGCUGCUGAGCAUGAACCCACAGACCAGCGGGCUGGUCGUGCCGGAGUACGUCGACAACGACGAGGAGGAGUACUACAUGUACACCUCUCCGGACGAGUCGUCUGCCACCUUCCUCUCCCUCGACACGUCUGGCCAGACCAAGCUCAACGUGUGGUCGCAGGCGGAGCAGUCAUGGCACAGCAUCUACGUCCAGCCCGUGGAUCCGUGCCGCCCUUACGCCACGUGUGGGCCGUUCACCGUCUGCACCGGCAGCUCCCCAUCGCCCUGCGAGUGCAUGGAGAGCUUCUCCCUGGCGUCGCCUGGGGAUUGGGAGCUCGGUGACCGGACAGGAGGGUGUUCCAGGAACACUCCAUUGGAUUGCAAUGCCAACAGGAGUGAUUCAGCUUCGACAGACGUGUUCCACCCCAUAGCAAGUGUCACAUUGCCCUAUGGCCCCAAGGAUGCUGUGGCUGCGACUCGGAGCGAAUGCGAAUGGGCAUGCCGCAGCAACUGCUCCUGCACUGCUUACUCCUUUCAGGGCAGCAAGUGCUCUGUCUGGCAUGGGGAGUUGUUCAGUGUGAACAAGAAUGAUGGCAUCGAGAUCAGCUCUCAGGAUACUCUGUACAUUCGCCUUGCCGCCGGAGAUUUUCCGAGAGGUACAAGAAGACGACCGGUAGCUGGAGUUGUUAUUGCUGCAAGCGUUAUCGGUUUUGGGCUGAUAAUGCUCAUGAUGCUCCUAGUGAUUUCAAGGAACAGAUUGAAUUGGUGCGGUGCGUCAUCGUCACAUGUCACCGGUGAAGGUAGAGUUGGAGUUGUUGCCUUUAGAUACGCCGAUUUAGGCCGCGCUACAAAAAAUUUCUCAGAGAAGCUGGGAGCAGGAGGUUUUGGCUCUGUGUUUAAGGGAGUACUAGGUGACCUUACUGCUGUAGCCGUAAAAAGGCUUGACGGUGCUCGUCAGGGGGAGAAGCAAUUCAGGGCAGAGGUGGGCGCACUUGGACUGAUCCAACACAUCAACUUGGUCAAGUUGAUUGGUUUCUGCUGCCAAGGUGAUAAGAGGCUACUUGUGUAUGAGCACAUGUGCAAUGGUUCUCUUGAUUCCCAUCUGUUCCAGAGCAAAGCUGCAGUCCUUGACUGGAGCACCAGAUAUCAGAUAGCCAUUGGAGUUGCUAGAGGAUUAUCGUACCUUCAUCAGAGCUGCCGCGAAUGCAUCAUACACUGUGAUAUCAAACCAGAAAAUGUGCUUCUCAAUGAAUCAUUUGUCCCUAAAAUUGCAGACUUCGGGUUGGCUUCGGUUGUAGGAAGGGAUUUUAGCCGGGUCCUAACUACAUUCAGAGGAACUAUGGGGUAUCUUGCCCCAGAGUGGCUUAGCGGGAUUGCUAUUACAUCAAAAGUUGAUGUUUAUAGCUUUGGCAUGGUACUGAUGGAAAUCAUAUCAGGAAGAAGGAAUGCAUCUGUAGUUCACACUAGCAGCAGCUGCUGUGUUGCCUAUUUCCCUGUGCAAGCCAUCAGCAAGCUUCACGAGGGAGAUGUGCAGAGCUUGGUGGAUCCAGAAUUACAUGGUGACUUCAGCUUGGAUGAGGCAGAAAGAGUUUGCAAAGUAGCAUGCUGGUGCAUCCAGGAUAAUGAGUCUGAUCGGCCAACAAUGGGUGAAGUUGUUCGAGUUCUAGAGGGUCUUCAGGAGCUUGAUAUGCCUCCGAUGCCAAGACUACUUGCAGCUAUAACGGAAAGCUCUAAUGUGGCUUCAAUGUAUAGUAGUUCCUAAUACUUUCGAAGUUGUUGCUAAUUUUAUUUUUUUCUGAAGUAUUUAGGUUCUAAUGUAGAGUGUAACAACUCAAAACAGUAAAGUAUUACAUAAUACAAUAAGUAAUUUCUUUA